UCCUCCCUAUGACAUCAUUGGUGUUGCAGCCAUAGCAGUAAAGAAAGGAUGCUACCAAAUCUGUGGGAUUGGGCUAAAUGAUGUUGCAUUGCAGAAGCUGUUGAUGCUUCUCAUCCUUGGCAUUUCUGGUCUGCAGAUCAGGAAAUGAUGCCCCAACUUGCAGUGACUACAAUACUUGAGCAUCCCAGGGCAAAAGAUACUAAUAUGGUUAAUACAGGAGAUAUGAAUGGUUCUGGCAAUCUGAUGGAUUUUCUGGAUGAACCUUUCCCUGAUGUUGGGACUUAUGAAGACUUCCACACCAUUGACUGGCUAAGAGAGAAGUCCCGUGACACCGACAGACAUAGAAAAAUUACAAGCAAAAGUAAAGAAUCCAUAUGGGAGUUCAUCAAGAGCUUGUUGGAUGCCUGGUCAGGAUGGGUGGUGAUGCUUAAGAUAGGACUUCUGGCAGGCACUUUAGCUGGAGUUAUAGAUUUAGCUGUGGACUGGAUGACAGACCUGAAAGAAGGUGUCUGCUUAUCCGCAUUUUGGUACAGCCAUGAGCAAUGCUGCUGGACAUCUAAUGAAACCACAUUUGAAGACAGGGGCAAAUGUCCCCAGUGGCAGAAAUGGUCUGAGCUUCUAGUUAAUCAGUCUGAGGGUGCAAGUGCUUACAUCCUAAACUAUUUUCUCUACAUUAUGUGGGCUCUAUGUUUUGCUUUCCUGGCAGUCUCCCUGGUAAGGGUGUUUGCACCUUAUGCCUGCGGUUCUGGAAUCCCAGAGAUAAAAACCAUCUUGAGUGGCUUCAUUAUUAGGGGCUACCUGGGGAAGUGGACACUCUUAAUCAAAACUGUUACCUUGGUGCUGGUGGUGUCUUCUGGCCUCAGCCUCGGAAAAGAAGGUCCAUUAGUACAUGUAGCUUGUUGCUGUGGUAAUUUCUUCAGCAGCCUCUUCUCAAAGUACAGCAAGAAUGAAGGAAAGAGGAGAGAGGUGCUUUCAGCUGCAGCUGCUGCAGGAGUUUCUGUUGCCUUUGGUGCUCCAAUUGGCGGUGUCCUUUUUAGUUUGGAAGAGGUUAGCUAUUACUUUCCCCUGAAAACCCUCUGGAGGUCAUUUUUCGCUGCUCUUGUGGCUGCCUUUACGCUGAGGUCCAUCAAUCCAUUUGGAAACAGUCGACUGGUCCUUUUUUAUGUGGAGUACCAUACCCCCUGGUAUAUGGCUGAACUUUUCCCAUUCAUUCUUCUUGGAGUCUUUGGAGGGCUAUGGGGAACACUCUUUAUCCGUUGCAAUAUUGCCUGGUGCAGGAGGCGCAAGACCACCAAACUUGGGAAGUAUCCAGUGCUAGAGGUCAUUGUGGUAACUGCCAUCACUGCCAUCAUUGCCUAUCCUAAUCCGUACACCAGGAGAAGUACCAGUGAGCUGAUCUCUGAACUUUUCAAUGACUGUGGUGCUCUGGAGUCCUCACAACUUUGUGAUUAUAUCAAUGACCCAAAUAUGACCAGACCUGUAGAUGACAUUCCUGACAGGCCUGCGGGUCCUGGCGUCUACACUGCAAUGUGGCAGCUCGCCCUGGCUCUGAUUUUUAAAAUUAUCAUCACAAUAUUUACUUUUGGCAUGAAGAUCCCUUCAGGCCUUUUCAUUCCUAGUAUGGCGGUAGGAGCUAUGGCUGGAAGAAUGGUUGGAAUUGGAGUGGAGCAGGUGGCCUAUCACCAUCAUGACUGGAUCAUCUUCAGGAAUUGGUGUAGGCCAGGAGCAGAUUGUGUCACUCCAGGACUUUAUGCUAUGGUGGGAGCUGCGGCAUGCCUAGGUGGAGUUACAAGAAUGACCGUCUCCCUGGUGGUGAUUAUGUUUGAGUUAACUGGAGGCCUGGAAUACAUUGUUCCUCUAAUGGCUGCCGCUGUAACCAGCAAGUGGGUAGCAGAUGCCUUUGGAAAGGAAGGGAUCUAUGAGGCACAUAUUCACCUGAAUGGUUACCCAUUUCUGGAUGUUAAGGAUGAGUUUACACACCGAACACUGGCAACAGAUGUCAUGAGGCCUCGGCGUGGUGAGCCUGCCCUCUCUGUCUUGACACAGGAUAGCAUGACAGUGGAGGAUGUGGAGACAUUAAUCAAAGAGACUGAUUACAAUGGCUUUCCAGUGGUGGUUUCAAAAGACUCAGAGCGCCUCAUUGGAUUUGCACAGAGACGAGAAUUGAUUCUGGCAAUAAAGAAUGCACGACAGCGUCAGGAUGGAGUAGUGAGCAAUUCCAUUGUGCAUUUCACAGAAGAUCCCCCAGAGCUCCCACCCAACAGCCCUCAUCCUCUGAAACUACGGCGCAUUCUCAACCUGAGCCCUUUCACCGUCACUGACCACACACCGAUGGAAACAGUGGUGGACAUCUUUCGGAAACUUGGACUACGACAGUGUCUUGUCACUCGCAGUGGGAGGCUGCUGGGCAUUAUAACUAAAAAGGAUGUCUUGAGACAUAUGGCUCAAAUGGCAAAUCAGGACCCUGAAUCUAUCAUGUUUAACUAGGCUGGUAAGAGGAGAUGGAAAGAAAUAACUUUGAAGGAAUCUCUUCCAGAGUAAUGUAAAAGCUACGUAUGGCAUUUCAUUUUGUUUAAAGAGGAAAAAAAAGUGUGUGAGGACAGGCCCAAGCCAUGACAGGGGAGUAAAUGCAGGAUGGCACUUAAUUAAAUCAGGUAGGCAAUUCUGAAACUAUACAGCUGCAAAAAUCAAGCUGUGUUUCCUUAAUGAGUUUCCUAAUAGCUCGGUUGGCAUGGAUGGAGGAGGUGUAACUAAUAUGGUGUGUGGCAACAACCAGCCAGGGGCACCAGAGGAAUACACCAACAUUCACAACAACUCACUAGACAGAGAUGAAGACUAGAAAACAUAUUUAUAAGUAAGCGAGCUUUGAGGUCUAAACUAGAGAACUGAGUGUGUAGGAGUCAUGUUGAUUGUUUUGUUACUGAAGUCAUGGUUAUUUAUUUGCUACAAAAUUAUACGGAAGUAUUUUCAUGAGAAAAAAUCAUCCUAUUUAUGGAGAAAUUUGUCAUUUCCAUCUAUUUUUGUAAAAAGUAAUGUGAAAUUAAAGUGGAAUUAAAGCAGCAAGAAUGCACUUUAGUUCACCACCCCCUUACCCUCUUGUCCUUUGCCCCCUGCUUGAAGCCAUUCUACUUAAAUACCAGUAGUUCAGUAAUUCUGUCACUCAGCUCUCUGUACCUAGUGUUCAAAUGCAGCAACUAACUGAUUUGUAAAGGUUCAUUAUUUCUCUAUGCAAGUUUUGCAUUUUUUGGUACUGUAUUUAGUAUUACGUAAUUUACUAUUACCCUGGAGAGAGUGCAAAAGUCCAUGGGAGAGAUGUGUAAAAGCACAGAGGAAAGAAACCCAGCUUCCACUGACUCUAAAUGAGAGUUGGGUGUUUCUCCACAAUGUCAACAAAAGAAACAUUUUUUUCCACAGACAAGAGAAACUCUGCAGUGUUUUCUGUCUCCCAUUUAACUUCUUAUCCUUUAAUUGGCAACUGUCUGCAUUUGCUAACAGGUUACUUUUGUUUACCCUAACAGGACUAAAAUUGCCACUUUUUAAGGCAGCUUGUGCCAUGUAUAGAAUUCCAGUUGCAACCCUCCACAGCACCCUGUUUGGACAAGGGGUCAGAAAAGCAGUUAAUAUUUUGCUUUUGCUGUUGUCGUUAUCCUCUUUUUCAAUUAACUUCACAUAAAUGUAGGUUUAAAAGCUCAUGGUAGGAAAGAGAUCUGUGUACAUUAGGGUGACAAUGCUAAACCUUCCAAAGUUGAUGCCAGGGUAGAUGCAAAAUGUAGGCAUUUUGGCUCAAAAUCCCAUUUUGCCUAAAGACAUCUAACUGCCAAUUGCACAGAUAUCAGAUCCUAUUCCCAUCUGUGGGACUAAAUUUGUCCUUAUGGGCAUGCGUGGAAGGGAUUCUCUAGAGCCAUUUAUACUCUAUGGUUAAACAUUUUCAGCUGGGAACGUAUGUAUCUCUCUAAAAGGCCCUAAAAGUAUGGUCAGAGAAAAAAAAUGGGAUGGGUAGGGUGGAGGGAAGGGGGUUGGAUUCUCUCUCAUACCUUUCAGCAUCCAGUAGCCCUAGAGGUUAGGCCACUAGCCCAGAGAAAGGUGCCCAUCACCCUGAGGAGAUUUGAAUUCAUGUUUCCCACUUUUCAGGAGAGUGCCCUAAACACUGGCUGUGGGCUAGAAAGGGCCAAUUGUAUCCUCCAUCUAACUCAUAAAAGCUGGCCAACCAGGGGGAUAAAUGAAGCCAGAGGAAAAGAAAAGCAGGAGAGUCCUGGUUCUGUGGCUUUAAUGGAUAAACAGUGCCCUGG